CAUAUACCCAGACCGGUCUUGUCGAGUGCAGCACCGUCGACAAGAUGCCUACCCGUUUCACGCAGACAAGGAAACACCGCGGUCAUGUGUCCGCCGGUAAAGGUCGUAUUGGCAAGCACCGCAAGCACCCCGGUGGUCGUGGUAUGGCCGGUGGUCAGCACCACCACCGUACCAACCUCGACAAGUACCACCCCGGUUACUUCGGUAAAGUCGGUAUGAGGUACUUCCACAGGACUAGCCAGCAAUUCUGGAAGCCCACGAUCAACCUUGACAAGCUGUGGUCUCUCGUUCCCUCUGAGCAGCGUGACGCCUACGUGAGCGGCAAGAAGGCCGAUACUGCUCCCGUCAUCGACCUCCUGUCCCUUGGUUACUCCAAGGUUUUGGGCAAGGGUCGCAUUCCCGAGGUCCCCAUUGUUGUCCGCGCCAGAUACUUCAGCCGUGAUGCCGAGCGGAAGAUCAAGGAGGCCGGUGGUGUUGUUGAGUUGGUCGCAUAAACAGGGAGAAUGAGGAUUUACAAUAUGGGAGUGAGACGGUGAAAAUGGGAAGGUUAUCUAUCUCACUAUGUCUGGUCAUGGUAAUUUGGCGGCCAGUUCUAUUUCACAGGGAAAGAAAGGCGUCAAAAAGAAAGGAAAAUUAGAAGCCGCGGAUAGGCUUCAAUCCGAUUCAGAUACUUCAAAAGGUUUCUGUGUUCAACGUCCAUAGCAUAGCCGUCGAACGUCUUUAACGAUUUUAUUUGCCAAGACAGAUACCAUGAGGAUAUUAUCCUUACCCUUUCCCCCUUACUCCAGUUUCGGUAUCUUCAGAAUAAUGCGUGGUGUUCGUAUAGAGAUAGCCGAUGCCUCAUUUCUCCG